UGACGUGGUUGUUUAUCGUGUCCGGAAGUGGCUUCGGCUCACUUCUACACAGUCUGGAAGGAUUUUUUUUUCAGUCUUGUUAUUGGAAAAAACGCUGUCAAUCUCCCUUAAACGGUUAUAGCUCCUGUUUACACCUUUAAAAGACGCGUUAGAACUCGAAGAGCGAACACUACCAGUGUUACCGCUAUUCCACCUGGUUAUCGAGCUCGAAGCUAACCUUGGCGGAAAUCACCUUUUCUAUGCUUUGCUCCUCAGCGAGGAUGUUUUGAAUUGUUUCGAAUUUUGAAUGCUGUGGCUGCGUCUCAUCGCUAAAUGAGCGCCAAGUUAAAUACACGUCAUAGAUAGCAGUAAUGUUAUAAGGUUACUCGGGAUAUCGUCAAGCCGGCCGGCUGAAAAUGGACGAGAAAUACAGCAACAACGUCCUUUCUGGAGGACAACUAGGGAUGGUUGAGGUUCCCAAUUCCAGGUUAACCAGGUACAUAGUGUUGCUGGUCAUCUCGAAGAUCUUGAAGGCCUUGGGGAUCUUUGAAUCAUAUGACAUCCUAAAGGUGGUUCACAUUGUGCAGUUUAUCUUCAUAUUAAAGUUAGGGUCGGCCGUUAUUUUACUUGUUUUUCAAAAGCCUUUUUCCUCUGGAAAAAUCAUCUCGAAAAGACAGUGGAUAAAAUUACUAAAGCACAGUGUUUUCAGCUGUAUCAUAUCCCUACUGGGCUUUUUUGGUCUCACUCUCUGUGGACCCCUGAGGACAUUGCUACUUUUUGAGCACAGCGAUGUGGUGGUGAUUGCUCUCCUUGGUGUCCUCUUCACCAGCUCAGGAGGUGGGCCAGCAAAGACUCGAGGCGCCGCUCUCUUCAUCAUCGCAGUGAUUUGCCUUCUCCUCUUCGACAAUGAUGAUCUCAUGGCCAAAAUGGCGGAGCAUCCCGAGGGACAUCAUGACAGUGCGCUAACUCACUUCCUGUACACCGCCAUUGCGUUUUUGGGGGUUGCGGAUCACAAGGGUGGUGUUGUGCUGCUCGUAGCCUCUCUGUGCCUGAAGGUUGGCUUCCACACAGCCUCCAGGAAACUUUCGGUGGAAGUUGGUGGGGCCAAGCGCCUCUAUGCCCUGGACAACCUGGUGUCUGCUGCGGUACUGCUGCCCUGGGUCAUAGUGCUGUCUGCCACCACGGAAAGUAAAGUUGAGUCGUGGUCUGCUCUUAUCCCGCCUUUCGCCAUGAUCAUCUUCUCUGUGAUGAUCCUCGAGUUUUACGUGGAGGCCAUCUGCAAUACCAAGAUGGAGGUGCAGCGCUGCGCCCGAUACGGCGCCGCGGCUCUCUUCUCCAGCGCCCUGCUCCUCGCCAACUUCUGGACUCACCCGCUGACCGACCAGUUGCGCUCCAUGAGUAAGCCGCCGCAGCGGAGCAGCACGGAGCACGUGCUGUCUGGAGGGGUGCUCGUCAGUGCCGUUUUCUUCAUCUUAUCAUCCAGCAUCCUCUCCUCCCCUUCAAAGAAGGGUCAAAAGGGCACCCUGGUCGGUUAUUCCCCCGAAGGGACUCCUUUGUACAACUUCAUGGGUGACGCCUUGCAGCACACGUCGCAGUCCCUGCCGCGCUUCAUUAAAGAUUCCUUGAAACAGAUCUUGGAGGAGUACGACUCGAGACAGAUCUUCUACUUCCUGUGUCUCAACCUGGCGUUCACCUUUGUUGAGCUCUUUUAUGGUGUUUGGACGAACAGCCUGGGACUGAUCUCGGAUGGCUUCCACAUGUUGUUUGACUGCUCGGCUUUGGUCCUGGGCCUGUUUGCCGCCCUGAUGACCCGCUGGAAAGCCACCAGGAUCUUCUCCUACGGGUAUGGCCGUGUCGAAAUCCUUUCUGGGUUCAUCAAUGGACUCUUCCUGAUGGUCAUCGCCUUCUUUGUCUUCAUGGAGUCGGUAACCCGCUUAGUGGACCCUCCCAACAUAGACACGGACAUGCUGACCCCGGUGUCCGUUGGCGGCUUAUUGGUCAACCUGGUGGGAAUCUGCGCUUUCAGCCACGCUCACUCCCACGGCGGCAAAAGUUGCUCGGGGCACGACCACGGCCAUUCGCACCACGGCCAUUCGCACGGCGACCACGGCCACGGAGGUCACGGCCACUCUCACGGCGGACACGGACACGGCGGGCACGGGCAUUCCCACAGCUCGGGCGGCGGGGGCAUGAAUGCCAACAUGAGAGGUGGGCUUGCCUGCGCCGCCGUCACGUUUCCCGGGGGGCCCGGAUGGAAUCCUCCCGUCUUCUCCACAGGUGUUUUCCUUCACGUCCUGGCCGAUACGUUGGGCAGCGUCGGCGUGAUCAUUUCCACCCUCCUCAUUCGGCAGUUUGGCUGGUUGAUCGCCGACCCCAUUUGCUCCCUCUUCAUCGCCACGCUCAUCUUCCUCAGCGUCAUACCUCUGCUCAAGGAUGCUUGCGAAGUGCUUCUGCUGAGAAUUCCCCCAGAGCAUGAGAAGGGACUGAACAACGCUCUGCAGAAGAUUGAGAAGAUUGAAGGAGUUUUGUCCUACAGGGACCCUCAUUUCUGGAGACAUUCGGCCAACGUGAUCGCAGGGACCAUUCAUCUCCAAAUCAUGUCCGAUGUGGUGGAACAGCGCAUUGUACAGCAGGUGACGGCCAUUUUGAAAGAUGCGGGAGUGAAUAAUCUGUCAGUGCAGCUGGAGAAGGACGCGUACUUCCAGCACAUGUCUGGGCUCAGCACGGGAUUUCAGGAUGUUUUAGCGAUGACCCAACAGAUGGAGUCCAUGAAACAUCUGAACGAUGGAACGUGUAUCAUGUAACGUCCAUCUCUGGGACCAGUUGAAAUUGUAUAGAUGCCGAUCAUUUUUCAAUGGAAGUGUACAGCGUGUGUGGGUGUGUUUUGAAUAAAUCAGGUUGUAGUCAUUUUUAUCCGUA